UCCGGCUCUGCUUCUGGUGGGCGGAGGAGCCCCGGAGGCGGAGAGCUCGCUGGGAUCGAUGGCUCAGGGCAAGCAGAAGUUCAAGGCGCGCAAGACGGCCGCUGCGGGGAAGGCGGCGGCGGCUGCGGCUGCCCGCGGACCUCGCAAAGGAGGUCGUGUGAUUGCGCCCAAGAAAGCCCGCGUGAUCCAGCAACAGAAAGUGAAAAAGAAUCUGGAGGUUACCAUCUGUAAGAAGAUUGAGCAUGAGGUGGUCAUGAAAGCCAGCACUAAGUUAGCCAAGAAACUUAGUUUGUUAAAGGCCCCCAAAGUGGGAAAAAAGAAAGAUCCAGGCCACUCUAGCAAGUCAUAACAAUGUUUCAUGGACUGCUGAACUGGUGAUUGUGGCCUGCAAUACAUUUCAGUUUGACUGUGUC